UUGACAUCUGUUCUAGUUCCCAAUAGGAAAGCCUGAAGUCACUGGAUUGAUUAACCCCUGUGAAUUGCUACCAAGCAUUGCAAUCUCUCUUCUGGGUUCCAAGAGGAGCAGGGAUCACCAGGGAAGAUCUGCUUGCCUAUUGCCAGAAGACAGGAGCCAGACCUACUAUCUACCACUUUCUCCAGGAGCUUGGACCACUGCUUGGGGAGAUUUGGGCUUCAGUUGCGACGGAGUUAUGGUAUCUGUGAUUCCAGGAUGGUUGCAUCUUGCAUGUCCACAGAACAAGAAACUUUUACUGAUAUUCUCCAACCUCUGUCAGUCCUAAGUGCAUCAGCGUUCCUACAGAUACUGCGUCUGAGCUGCAGUAGGAUUUAAUAAAAAAAAAAUAAAAAAAUCCACUACCAAGCAGGAUUUCACCACCCUGUGAAUGUUUGAAAUUGGCUGAGGGCUUGACAUGUCUGAACAAGUGGAACAGCAUCUCUGAAGGCCUGUGACUAAAGAAACCAGAACAGGGAACAGGAAGAGAAACAGAAAAGCAGGUGUUAUCCCAGAGGGAUGACAGGAGCAGCUACAGACAUCUUACUCAGAAAGAAACAGACUUAGAGGAUGGAGCAGGAAGUGGCAAGAGAAGAAGAAAAGAAAGAAGGCUUGAUUGAGUUUUAUGAUUCCUUCAAGGAUAUGUUUGAGUUCUUCUGUAAGAACACAACAAUCCAUGGCACCAUUCGCCUUGUUUGCUCAGACAGCAACAGGAUGAAAACAGCUUUUUGGACUCUGCUUUUGCUUGCCAGCUUUGGCAUGUUAUACUGGCAAUUUGCACUUAUGUUCAGCCAGUACUGGGCCUACCCUGUUGUCCUGACCAUGUCAAUGCAUUCCGAACCCAAGAUGUUUCCAGCAAUUACCAUCUGCAACCUGGACCCAUACAGAUUUGAACUGGUUAGUGAACAUUUGGUUCAACUGGAUCGCAUGGCAGAGGAAUCCAUCGCUUUUUUGUACGGCAUCAACACGUCAGCCAGCUUAUUCCACACGAACGAGAAAAACAUCCAUGUAAAAGACUUUUCAAACAUAGGCAAUCGCAGCAGAUCCAGCUUCAGGCUGAGCCAAAACUUCUCACUCCUGAGAAUGUCUGACCACAGUAACAGGUCAGGGAAGAAGCACUCCAGCGUGGGCUUCAGGCUGUGCAAUGCCACAGGUGGGAAUUGCUUCUACAAGACCUAUUCAUCUGGGAUGGAUGCAAUUCUUGAAUGGUACAGGUUUCACUACAUGAAUAUCAUGUCACAGUUGCCAGUUAUAAUCAACAUUUCUGAUCAUGAGGAGCAAAUAGAAGAUAUGGUCUACUCCUGUCAGUAUGAUGGGGAGCCCUGCAGACCCAGUGACUAUGUUCACUUUCACCACCCAGUCUUUGGAAGCUGCUAUACUUUUAACAGCAAGGGAACGGACCCUUUUUGGACAGCCACAAAACCAGGAAUUCCUUACGGACUUUCCCUUAUCCUGAGAGCAGAGCAGAAGGACCACAUCCCACUCUUGUCUACAGUAGCAGGUGUGAAAGUGAUGAUACACAACCACAAUCAGACACCAUUCCUUGAGCACGAAGGCUUUGACAUCAGACCAGGCAUUGCAACUACCAUAGGCAUUCAGCAGGAUGAGGUGAAUCGCCUGGGUGGCAAUUAUGGGAAAUGCACGACUAAUGGCAAUGAUGUGAAUGUUAAACUCCUGUACAACAACUCCUACACCCUGCAGGCUUGUUUGCAUUCCUGCUUCCAGCACAUAAUGGUUCAAAAAUGUGGCUGUGGCUAUUACUACUACCCGCUGCCUCCCGGUGCUGAGUACUGUAACUACAAUAAGCAGCCUGCGUGGGGUCACUGCUUCUACCAGCUGUACUACAGGCUCAGAAAUCAUCACCUGAAUUGUUUCGACCAGUGCCCCAAGCCUUGCCGGGAAUCACUGUACAAGGUGUCUGCUGGGACAGCUAAGUGGCCAUCAUCGAAAUCUCAGGACUGGAUCCGCCAAGCUCUGAGGCAUCAGAAUGGAUAUAACUCUACCAGCAACAGGAAGGAUAUUGCCAAGGUGACUAUCUUCUACCAGCAACUGAACUACCAGUCCGUGAACGAGUCUCCUUUACUCUCAGAAAAUCUGCUUCUGUCCAGCAUGGGAAGCCAGUGGAGUCUCUGGUUUGGAUCCUCAGUGUUGUCUGUAGUUGAAAUGUUUGAGCUGCUUGUAGAUACACUGGUCUUGUCUCUCCUCUUCUGCUACCAAAGGCUCAGGUCAAAGAAGACGUUGAAAGUAGCUCACACUCCUACCAUCUCCAGCGUGAGCUUGACCCUAGAAAACUACCGAGUUGUGCAAGAAGAAGCCGGGAAAGGUGAUGAUUCUGCUCAUACUCACCCUUCUGGAGUGACUAUUGCCAUGGACAACAACAGUGACCUGCAUCUUCACCCACUCUCCGGCAAGGUGGAAAUGCGAGAGCUUUGCCCAGAUGUGGUGCUUAACGGCUUCAGAGACACGAAGGACAGCUCUUUGGAAGGGGAACCGCAUAGCUGAGGAUGCGUUUGUGUGCACAGAGAAGUGGGAGUCUUGAAACUCCCCAGAUGCUGAGGUGCUGCCAGAAAGGUUGCAAACAGAAAUGUUCUGGAUCCACUUUCUGCGAGCACCUAAACGCCGCGCUGCUGAGCUUGGCAAUCCUCCUCCAGCUGUUACAAGUUCGCCAUUAAACUAUCCGAGUGUCCUGGAUUCAGGCAUCAUGCAAUGUUCUUUUGUUCCUAAUGAGUAUCUGGGGAGGGGAGAACUCCUACUCUCUGGGACAGUCGGCGAGUCCUCAUAAAAGCCUAUUCAUAGCUUUUAACUUUUAAACCCUGGUGAGGAAAUCAGCCUGUGGCUUCAGACAGGCCCAUCUACAUUUCACAAAGGUACUCAAGAGGAAAGUCAGCCUUGCUGUUAAUGGGAAGAUUUCCAAGGGAGGCCAAGGAGUGUGUGCUCGUAUCAGCGUUGUCUUGAGGAUGACGGAGCACGUAGUAACACGAGGUGGCUCUGCUUCUAAGACACCUCUCUACCCUUAACCUGUUGCUGUUGCAUUUUGAGGACAAUGCACAGAAUGCUGCUGCUGAGAUCCUUUUAGCCUUAACCCGGAUUAUUUCAAAUGAGACUCACUAUCUUAGAGGAAAGGAAAGAGGAAAAAAUGGGGUUGAUAACUUUUUUAUGCCACAGACAAAGCAUCUGAUUUAUUUUGAAGAUUAAAACAAUGCUGCGGUUUUGUUGCAGUCCAUUUAUAGAUAUGUUUUAAUGUUAAUAUUUGACAGUAACUUAUGUGUACAUAAAAUAACACAUUUAUUUUUGAUGAUGAUGUUUGCACAGGAGCAUUUUGGUCUGUUAUAAUCUUGUUUAUGACUUUCUGUAGAAAACAUGAGUUAACAAGAAAUCAAUAUGAGCUUUGUUUUGUAACUUUUUUAGAUAAUAAAGUGCUCUGAAUACAGACUAUGACUGGGGAUUUAGUUUGACUUUGUUUUGCUUUCAACCGAUAAAUGGGUUUGUUCCUGUCUAAUUAUUAUUUCUAAGUGUUUGCUCUGGAAAAGUCUUUUCCAAAAUGUCCAGACCUUGCUUGCAGAAGCCUAAAUGCAUAGGGCCCAAUGAUGAAAAGAGUUUUGGUUCCAGACACGGAGGUGGGAUCCUCAUAGCCUUCAGUUUGCUGCUGACAUCUUUGGAAGCCAAGCACCAAGAUGCUUUUGAAAUUCUCACUUUUUUGCUUGAGAGCCAUUUAACAGCCUGGACAUCCUCCCUGCAGCACUUCUCACUGGAUCCCUACACCUACCCCUGCCCCUCUUCUGGGGGUUUUUUCAUUCACAAGCAGAAACUGCAGAGACGUAGACCGAACCCAGAUGAAUCGUGCUGUAACGCGCCAGCCAAAUUACAGUGAAUAGGAGCACGCGGGCUCCCUUGCAGUGGGCGAUUCAGCCUUUUCUCUGGGUCCUCUGCACUGGGAAAUCCAGCUGCUGUGCUGACGGGCAAGAGUGAUUUUACGCAAUACUGUGACCCUGUUGAGAAAGGAUGCCCUGAAGAAAAAAAAGCACUACGGACAAGAGAGAGAGAAAAGGAAUUAGAUUUCUAAGCAGAACACCUGGGCAAUCCCUGGGAAUGGAAACCUCGAGUGGAUGCCAUGCUGUCAUUAGUGAAAGAUUGCGAUGCCUCAGGUGUAUGUGUGCAUACACGUACGCUUUGCUCUCGAAAGGCAGACCCUCUCAGAAUGCCCAGACUUGUUACUGGGACUAAAUGGGAAGGCUGAAGGUUAGCUAAAAGGCAAUCGAUGAAAGAAAUCUUUAUACUGGUCCCAAGGCACAAACCAAAUCACUACCGAAUU